AUGGUCAAAAAAACCAAAAUUCUGCUGGUAGCACCAAUCCUUUCGCCACCUACUGAUAAGAUCCAGAAAAGGUGGCGAGGCUAUUAUGUUCGGAAAUAUAUCCAUAAUUAUUAUGCACUGAAGAAUUACCUGGAAGCCAUUUCUGUGAAUAACGCAGUUGUCAGGAGUGAACUUCAAAGGUACACAGAAAUGAAGGAGUAUGAAGAGAAAAUGAAAGACCUAGAAAAGAAAGAAAAGGAAAUGAAAUACCAAGCCCGAAAGAUGCAUUACCUCCUUAGCACUGAGCAGAUUGCAGGCAUCUACAAUUCAAGUCCAAUGGAACUGCUGUUACGGAACUCAAAGCCACUGAACCACAGAAAACAGCAAAAGAAGAGUCCCUUUGCCUAUGAGCUCCAUGACUGGCCAACUUGUAAAAAGCCUCCAGCUUUUGUCACAGCAAAUUCUUUGCCACCUGUAGACAGAAAGAGACCUCAGGGGCCUUUCCGCGAUACUGCUGAAGUAUUGUGGCAGCGCUACAAGCCUUUGGAACCAACCUUGCGAGUGGCAGCAUCAAUCAGUUCACCACUGGAGAAGGCCAGAGAGGAAAUGAAAAGGGAAGAAUGGAGAAAUCGUAUACAUGACAAUGAAUUUCUGCUAUUUUCUUCAAAUAAAAAGGAGAAGUAUGAGCCAUCAAUUCAUAGUUCAGACAAAUAUGGCCGAGAAGCUUAUGGAACCAAACACUUCAGAGAAGUACAGCCUGAGAAGUGGAUAGCAGACAAGGACUUUCAAACAGUGCUGCCAUCGAUUGUUGUCUUCGAAAAGUUUGGAAAAACUUAUUCCAGCACUGGGCAAAUCGUGUAA